GUCAGUCAGCGUGCAUGCAGCAGCGGCGAGCAGAAGCAGCAGAGUCCCCGCAGGGGUUCCCAGGGUUACACACACUGCUGUUUAGAUGGCUGACAGAAAGGAGUGAGUUGGUGAACGGCACUGGAAACACUCUGAGAUCAUCCCGCAAGUGUCUCAGUCCACUAUCUACGACACAAUGGAGCAAGAAUUUGAAGACAUUGAUUCGUCCGGGAGAUGGCAAAACCUUUACAAUGAGAUCCGCAACCAAGCCAGUGAAUAUCCCUACAAAGUGGCAAAGCUUCCAGUGAAUCGGAAUCUAAACCGCUACAGAGAUGUCAGCCCAUAUGAUCACAGCCGGGUAAAACUUGAAAACUCUGAAAAUGACUACAUCAAUGCAAGUUUAGUCUUUGUGAAAGAGGCCCAAAGAGCGUACAUUCUUUCUCAGGGCCCCUUGAGGAAUACAUGCGGCCAUUUCUGGCUGAUGAUUUGGGAGCAGAGUUCCAAAGCUGUUAUAAUGCUUAACAGAGUGAUUGAAAAAGGAUCUGAAAAGUGUGCGCAGUACUGGCCUACCAGUGAGGAGCUACAGAUGUCUUUCACAGACACAGGGUUUGUUGUGAGGCUGCUGUCAGAGGAGGACCAAUCCCAUUACACAAUCCGAGUGCUCGAACUGGAAAACACAAAGACAGGCGAGUCCAGGGAGAUCUAUCACUUUCACUACACCACGUGGCCUGACUUUGGUGUCCCAGAAUCCCCUGCCUCCUUCCUCAACUUCCUCUUCAAGGUUCGGGAGUCCGGUUCACUGGGCUCCGAGCACGGGCCCUCAGUGGUGCACUGCAGCGCUGGGAUUGGGCGUUCAGGGACCUUCGCCUUGGUGGAUACCUGCCUGGUUUUGGCCUCUCAAAGAGUUGCUAGAAGAUAUAAAGAAACAAAACCAACAAAGGAAAACGAGCAAAAUAAGCAACAAAUGGACAAGAGAAAAAACCCAUCAGUGGACAUACAAAAGGUGCUACUUGGCAUGAGGGAAUACCGCAUGGGCCUGAUCCAGACACCUGACCAGCUCCGCUUCUCAUACAUGGCUGUGAUUGAGGGUGCCAGGCUCAUCCCGAUGGACAACUCAGUAACACAGAACAAGCUGAGACAGCUGUCCAGAGAUGACUUGGAGCCAGAUUCGCCCCCUCCACCACCUCCACCUAGACCUCACCUCAACGACAACAAGACCAACGGACCCUACCAGGAGUCAGAGGCCCUCUCAGGGGACCACGGGCCUGCAGGAGAGCCAGACGGCCAAGACCACAAUAUGACAGAAAACUCUGUGUAUGUCCGAAAGCGGCACCGCGAGGAGAGGAUAGCCAGCACAGCACAGAGGGUCCAACAAAUCAAACAGAGACUGACCGAGUCUGACAGGAAACGAGAGAAGUGGCAGUACUGGAGGCCCAUCCUGCUCAACGCCGGCGCCGGCGCCGGGGCUGUCUUGGCCAUAGGCCUGCUGUACUGGAUGUAUUUCCAGUGAAGCACUGUGGGUCACAUAAAACUGGCUCUUAUUUUUGCACCGGUACCUGGGAUUAGGUACUACUUCUCCACGUAGAUUUAGACAGUAAUAUGUGCAGAACUGAGGGUAUUUAUUCCUUAAGGUCAAAAUGCGGGAGCGCUAGAUCAAACGAGUGUGUGUAUAUUUUUCAUGUAAGAUCUAAACAAAAAUAGUAACAUCUCAGGAUCUCGGUGCCAGCACGAUUAUUUUAAUUUCCUUUCCUUCUGUCACUGCUGAUGAAUGUACUGUAUCAUAGCAAAAAUGGCUUUGCAUAAACUUACUAAAGGUGCAGUACAAAGAAAAAUAUAUAGUGACAGGUUUAUUUUUACAUUCUUUAUUUGUAAGCGUCAAAUGUGUGUUGAUCAACGUGUUUUACAUUUUGCAUUUCCGAAUGACUUGCGUUGAUUUGCCUACUGUAGAUGUGUAGGAAAACUCCAGAGCCGAGAGGUCAGCUGUGGGAUUUUACUUUUGCUGUUUUGUUUUGUUUAGUUUAAAUGAAACACAUGCAUUUUGCAGUUUUCCAGACCACCACUUGUUCUUCCAUUCACAUUUAGCAGGGCAUCCCAACACGGCCAGAAAUAUAUUUUUGUGUGACUGGAUACUUCAUAGGGAGCUGCCUUGCCAAUGUUUCAAACUCAGCUAGACUGUUCAUUUUCUGUUAUAUACACGCUUUGGGUUGUUUUUUUUGUUUUUUUAAUGCUGUCACAUGGAUCAUAAAAGUUGGUAGUUCCCUCGCCCAGUUAUUUGCCCACUGGAUGGGUUGGUCUGUGUACGUUCAGGUAAUCCCACUGUUUUUUAUUAAUUUUUUUUUGAGGAAACCAAAGCAUAGCAGCCUGUUAUAGGAAGGCAACAGUCAGACAAGCUUUUAAUGAUAUAGGUCUAGAUAUAGGUAGGUAUACUCCCCUAAUGUGGAAUGUAUUUUCUGUUGGAUCAUAACUGACACCUGUAAUUCAAAAAUGAUGCUAGUACCGUGUCCUUAUUUUGAACCCACAUGAUCACCAAAUUGGUUUUCAAUUGACUGGGACCAAUCUGAAGCUAUAAUAGUGCAAUUUAGAAGCUGAAGCAGAGCACCUUGGUUUCGAUUUAGAAGAGAGUGAUGUCUUUGUUGGCUGGUUGAUAAAGCUUUUAAUGUGCCUUGAAAUGUGUUUAAAUAGAAGAAAAAUAUGCGCUCCCAGAUUUUUUUUAUUUUUUUUUUUUUUAAAGCAUGGUCAGUACAGAAAAGGUAUUGUCGCACAUAACAUGAGUAAAAUGUUUGCACUGCAUUGACCAGUUUGGAGGUGGUGUACAGUAACUUGUAUCUGAGUUGAUUGCACACUGAAUGUGUCAUUAUCAUGUACUGACUCCUGAAGCGGAAUGUUUGAUUGGCUACUGAAAAACAUGGCUUUUAUUUUAUUUUUAUUUUUUAUUUGUGUCAUUUAACCCCAGAAGACUGUAACAUUCCAUUCAUUCAUUGUUUUCCGUGUACAAUUUUCAGGGGAGUUUUUGUACACUGCUGAGCUGCAGUGUGGAACGUGACAGAUGAGUUUUGAUGACAACAAAAAAACAAAACAAAACACAAAAACAAACGUGAAAUACUUCAUAAAAAAAUAAAAUAUUCGUUUUCAUUUUUU